AUGAGGAAGUGGGGGGCGGCAUGGCCCAUCAAGACCCUGGGGGGAGAGGCAAGUCUGCAGCUUCUGCCUGACCCCCUAUCUGCCAGCCCUCUUUGUCCCUCUGUUAUUCACCCUCCACUUCCUGUCACUGGGUCUCUUUGUCACAGCCUCUGUCUCCGUUUUCGUGACACUGACAUCUUUCCCAUUCGGGGAUACGGGAAACUGGAGCUACUGGGCACUGCUGUGUAUGAGCUUACAGGCCUCCUGAGAAGACAGUCUCCUCACAGCUCAGGGUUUAGAGGGGCUGGGGGAGGGGAGUGA